AUGUCUAACAGCGUACAAGCGAAUAUCACAAUGCACAGAACUCACAGCGUACCGAUGCAGUUCGGCUGUCCAUCCCAACACACGCCACCAUCAACGCCAACCAUUGCUGUUGAACAAAAUGUGCAUGCUCAGCAUUACAACGAAGGAUUGCUCGGUGUUCAGCAGGAUCUCCAGAAAAUCUCCAAAUUUGUGGCUGAGCAAGACACAAUCAUCAAAAUUCGAGACCGCCAAAUCUUCGAUGCGAAUGCCAGCAAGGUCUCCGCGAUUGCUGAAAAACAAAAGGAGUGGGAGCGCUUUCAUCAGCAAGAGAAGACUAUUUGGGAUAAUAAGGAGGCAAGGCUUACGAUAGCUCGGGAGAACGCUGAUGCACUUGCAUUGGACAAUGACCGCGCGCUCAAGCGUGCUCGAGAAGAUCACGAGCAGGCAUUGAAGAAUGUCGAAGAGCAACACAAGGAUGAGGUUGGCGGCGUGAAGCGAAAAGCUGAUGAGGAGCUGGAAUCUGAGCGUAAGAAGUUACGGGCAUUUUCACUCACCAUCAAGCACACCGUCGAGGAGAAGAGCAGUAUUGAGCAAGAAUUGGCACAAGAGCGAGAACAAUACGCCUCCGAUCACGACAAGUGGCAGGAUGAUAUUCAUGAUCUUCAACAGGAGAUCAACAAGAUCAACGAGGAAAAGAAGGAAGUUCAGAAUCACCACACCGAGACACGGAAAACGCUGCUUGACGAGCAGCAGAAGCUACGUGAGCUCAAGAAAACCUUGGUCGAUCUCAAAGAGGAACUGGCCAACAAGGAGACCGCGUACAAUGAGCUGAAGACAGAACACCAAAGUCUUGACGAACGUUUCCAGAAUCUUGAGGCAUCACACAAGGACCUGCAGAAGGAAUGCGAAAGUCUCACAACCAAAUGCAAAAACCACAACGAGGAUCGCGAACAGGCUGUGAAGCUGUGUCAAGCAAAGCAUAAAGAGCUUACGCAGGAGAAGAAUCUUCGUCUUCAGGCUGAGCAGAAACUCCAACCCGAGGUGAAGGCACGGCAGAUGGCGGAACAGCAACACGCCACGGCUGAACGAGAAUUGUCAACUACAAAAACGAAGCUUGAGACGAAAGAGAGAGCUCUCGAGAGAGGUCGUGAUGCCUAUACAAGGCAGCAGAAAGAGAUCACUGCGCUGAAGAGGGAGGUGGCUAGUCUGACAACGACAGCGCAGGAGCGAUUGGCCGACGAAGAAGCUGCAAAAAAUGAGCUCCAGAAGGUGCAAGCUGACCUCGCUGCCUGCGAGCUCUCGCUGGAGACGCUGGCAAGUGAUGAACGUGUUGCAAAACAGGAGUUGCAGGAUGUGAAGGGCAAGCUUGACACAUCGCAGACCGAGCUGAGAGGUAUGAGGCGCGCCGCAGAAGGCUACAAAGCUACACUGCUGAAAUUGGGCGAGAACAUGAAUCUCGCAGCUAUGCUGCAAGGUCUUGCGCCUGAUCAGAAGUGGUCUUUGCCGCAGAAGCUCAAGUUAUGGGAGGGCGGGCGACGUCGAUCGAAGUAG